CAUCAUUUUUUAUGUUGGCAUUUAAACAGCUAUUAAUACAGCUAGGUGACUAUUGCAUCAGAUACGUUUUAUGUAUAGAUUAUAAGUUAUAGUUACGAUCGAAUUCGAAGUGAUUGUGAUUCGGUGUGACUAAUGAUAUAAAUAUUGGCUACCUACAUCUGUUACCCACCUGAAGUGACAAUAAUAACACAGUGAGAAAGUGCCAAGAUGAACUUUGAAGCCAUCCGAGGGUUUACCUCCCACCAUGAUCCAUCUGCCCAAACAAAGGCACUGCAAUACUUUGAACAGUUGAAAGCCUCUGAAGAUGGAUGGCAGCUGUGUAUCAGAACUCUAACAUCUGGACAGAAUUUGGAUGAACAUGUAACGUUUUUCUGUAUUCAGGUUGUGGAACACUAUAUAAAAACCAGGUAUACCCAAUCCGAAGAGGAGAAACAACAUUUUCUUAGAGAUUUCUUCAAGCACUGGUUAAAUAGCCAGAGUCGUGGAGGGAAAGUACACAAGGUUUUUAUUCGCAACAAAAUAGCUCAGUUGGUGUGUUUGAUGUUUUUGGCUGACUUUCCUCAUUCUUGGCCCAACUUUUUUGGUGACAUGCUUAAGCUUUUGACAUUAGGGUCCCCUGGUGCUGAUUAUUUUCUUCGAAUAUUGCUGGCAAUUAACAGCGAUGUAGCAGACAAAGAAAUUGCCCGGACACAAAAGGAAGUUCAAAGAAAUGUUGUGAUAAAGGACACAAUAAGGGAUCAUAGUGUAAUAAGUAUUGUGGAUUCCUGGUAUCACAUUGUUACAACAUACCAAACCUCCAACCCUGAACUUUCUUGUCUAUGUCUUGAAGUCAUUGGUGCUUAUGUAGCAUGGAUCGACAUCAACCUCAUUGCAAAUGAUCGCUUUGUAAAUGUUUUGGUUCAUUUCUUGUCAAUGCCACAGCUUCGAGAAGCAGCUUGUGACUGCAUUAUCGAGAUUAUUAACAAGGGAAUGGAUCCAUCAGCCAAAACAAAAUUAGUGGAAUCAUUUGUAACUGUGCUUGAACAAGCUGGUGUACUGAAUCUUUCAAAAGCAGGAGAAGAUGCAGAUUUUGCAAUAAAAAUGGCCAAACUUGUAAAUGGAAUUGGUACAUCUUUAUUAGCUAGCUGGACUAAGUGAGUAAAA